GAUGGUCUUGAGCUUCCACAUAGUGCCAUGGGCUCGAUUCCACAGCUGUCAUCUGCAGUGGUUUUUGUUUUCCUAUCAAAAGUCCAACUGCAGCUGUUCAACAUUCCAAGUACGCCUCACUCCAGAGGUAAGCAAAUCCCUACAGUGGUGGCUGUCCCCUAUCCUGGCUCAAUGCACCCUUUUUCGGGAGCCUCAAUGCAUCACUCUCACAGAUGCAAGUCUCCUGGAUUGGGGCGCUCACAUACAAAACCAUGUAGCACAGGGACUUUGGUCUCACUCCGACCUGAAAAACAACAUAAAUUGGUUGGAGUUGAAGACUGUUUAUCUCGCGCUACUCCGUUUCCAAAACAUAGUGACCAAUGUGCAUGUACUCGUCCUUACGGACAACACUGCCAUAAAAGCACAUAUCAACCGGCAGUGGGGGACACGGUUAAAACAACUAAUGAGUUUAUUGUUCCAGCUGGGGUCAUGGGCGGAGGGACAUUUCCUAUUUCUCUGUGCAGAGCACAUUUCAGGGAUUCGCAACAUUCAGGCAGACAACCUCAACCGAAUGCAGAUCGACCCGACGGAGUGGAGUCUUCAUCGAAAAGUCUUCAGACAGUUAUCGGACAGGUACGGCCUGCCGAUUGUGGACCUCUUUGCUUCACAGGACAAUAGCCAACUCCCCAGGUAUUUCACGCAUUAUGUGACACACGGGCUGAGGGCAUCGACACACUUAUGGUGCAGGUGGCCCCAAGGGCUCCUAUACGCGUUCCCUCUGAGUCCUCUGAUUCAACAUGUAAUUCGGAAGAUGUUAACAGAGCAGUCAGAGCUGAUUCUCCUAGCUCCUUACUGGCCUUGCAGACCCUGGUUCGCGGACAUGCUCAACCUAUCUGUGACUCCUCCGUGGCAGCUGCCCCAGAUCAGCUCUCUGCUCCUGCAGGGGUCAUUCAGGCACCCCAACCUUUCUUGGCUUUGUCUCACCGCCUGGAGAUUGAGCGGGAGACUCUAAUGGCUGCCAAUCUCUCAGUUGAGGUCAUCUGGACGAUUCAGGCCUCCUAACUGCAUUUAUGAUGCCACUUGGAUACAAUUCUCCACCUGGUGCCAGCGGCAAAAUAUUGUCCCCUUGCAGGCUUCAUCCUUAACGUUCUUCAGUUCCUCCAGCAGGGUUUUGACAAGGGACUAUCUCUGAACACUCUCCGCCGUCAGGUGGCGGCCUUGUCAUCCGUUAUGUCCAUCAGUAUGUCAAAACCACUAUCCCACCAACCGCUUAUCCUGCGAUUUCUCAGGGGUGCUACUAACCUCAAGCCCCCUACUGUCCAUAGAUUCCCUUCUUGGGACAUCUCCAAGGUUCUGGACUCUUUAACACAGGCCCUGUUUGAGCCUCUUUACUCGACCACCUUGCAUUAUCUCAUGAUGAAGGUCAUUUUUCUUAUAGCGGUCACUACGGCUAAGCGGAUCUCUGAGCUGGCAGCCCUGUCAAUCAGGCAAGACUUAUGUACCUUCCAUCCGGACAGGGUUGUUCUCCAUCUGGACUUGGCAUUUAUACCCAAGGCAAACUCGGUUUUUCACAGAGCGCAAGAGUUAGUGCUUCCCGACUUCUGUCCUAACCCAUCACAUAGGCUUGAAUGUAAGUGGCAUUAUCUCGAUGGGCGACAUGCUCUCCGAGUGUAUAUCGAGAACUGCCGAUUUCCGACGCUCGGAGGCUCUCUUUGUCCGGUUUCAACCGGGAGGAUUGCGUAUUAUUUUCACACUUGAUGAAGUGGCCUUUAUACAGAAUCUUGUAUUUUACAUUGAGGCUGCCUAUAAAGUUGCUGAUUAUGGCAUGUGGGAACGUGGUGACAAGACAAACCAGGGCAUUCCUGAGUUGAAUGCAAGCUCUGUUGGAAUGGCAAAAGCUGCUUUGGAAGCAAUUGAUGAGCUGGACCUGUUUGGAGCUGGAGGAGGACAUAAGUCAGUUAUUCAUGUGCUCCCAGAUGAAGUUGAACAUUGUCAGUCUAUUCUAUACUCCAUGUUACCAAGGGCAUCCACAUCAAAAGAGAUUGAUGCUGGCCUUUUGUCCAUUAUUUCUUAUCCAGCCUUUGCCAUAGAAGAUAUGAACAUUGUUAAUGCGACGAAAAAUGAAAUUAUCACCAAGUUGCAAGGGCGUUAUGGCUGCUGUCGUUUCCUCCGAGAUGGCUAUAAAACACCAAGAGAGGAUCCAAACAGAUUACAUUAUGAUCCUGCUGAGCUCAAGUUAUUUGAGAACAUAGAAUGUGAAUGGCCUGUAUUCUGGACAUAUUUUCUAAUUGAUGGAGUGUUCAAUGAUGACAGAAUUCAGGUGCAGGAAUACAGAGAAGCCUUGGAAGGGAUCCUUAUUAGAAAAAAGAAUGGAAUUCUUCUGAUGCCAGAACUGUAUGCAGUUCCUCCAGAUAAGGUGAGUGAAGAAUAUGAAAAUCCUCACACGGUGGAUCGUGUUCAAGCAGGGAAACUUCCUCAUCUUUGGGGCCAGUCAUUAUAUAUUCUUUCUGCCCUCCUAGCAGAGGGAUUUUUGGCUACUGGUGAAAUUGAUCCAUUAAACAGAAGGUUUUCGACCACUUUUAAGCCUGAUGUGGUUGUUCAAGUAACCGUUCUAGCAGAAACAAAUGAAAUUAAGAAACUCUUACGACAUCAUGGAAUUAAUGUACAAAGCAUUGUUGACCUCAGUCCCACCAGAGUGCAGCCCUCUCGGAUUCUGAGUAAUCUUUAUGCUAAGCUUGGGCGUAACAAGAACAUGAAGCUGAGUGGGAGGCCUUAUCGGCAUAUUGGUGUCCUGGGAACAUCCAAAUUAUAUAUCAUAAGAAACCAAAUAUUUACUUUUACCCCUCAGUUUACAGAUCAGCAUCACUUCUACUUGGCUUUAGACAAUCGGAUGAUUGUGGAGAUGCUACGAACUGAGUUGGCUUAUCUAACUUCCUGUUGGCGAAUGACUGGAAGACCAACUCUUACUUUCCCAAUCACCAGUACAAUGCUUGUUGAUGAUGGGACUGAUAUUGAUUCUGCAAUUCUUGCCACUAUAAGAAAGCUUGGAGAUGGAUAUUUUGGAGGAGCAAGAGUGAAGUUGGGCAAACUUUCAGACUUUCUGACCACUUCAUUCUAUACAAACCUAAGCUUCUUGGAUCCUGAUUGUGACAGCAAGCUGUUUGAUGAUGAGAAUGAAAGCUACUCUAGCACUGAAAGUGGCUAUGAACUAGAAGAUUAUGCAGACUUCUGUGAUAAGGAAAGCCAGGAUGAACUGGACCAGUACAUAAACAGCAUGUUACAGAGUACUGCUCUGAAAUCAUACUUGCCUCCACUCAGAAAAGGCACAGGCUCAUCCUACGUGUUCAGUGCUGCUCAUUCUACUAGAGACAUACUAUCAAUCAUGGCCAAGGCUAAGGGACUGGAAGUUCCAAAUGUUUCAAUGUCCUUGCCUACAAAGGUUUUAAACACUCACCGGAAAUCUCUGAACCUAGUUGACUCCCCUCAUCCACAAGUGGACCAAGAAUCUAAGACUGCUCUUCAUUUGCCCAAAGAUGCUCAUGGUAAUUUGGAUUGUGAGAAAUUAAUUGGGCAGCUAACAGAAUGCCCUACUUUACAUGACCAGGCUGAUAUAUUAUACAUCUUAUAUCUAAUAAAAGGUCUUGAUUGGGAAACACAGCUCUAUGGCCAGUCUGGAAUCACAGUUCAUUGCCUCCUCAAUGAGCUGUACAGCAAAGCAGGUGUAAACCAAGAAUGGGGGCUCAUCCGCUAUAUUUCUGGCAUAUUAAAAAAGAAAGUUGAAGUCCUGGCUGAGUCCUGUACAGAUCUUUUAUCCCACCAGAAGCAACUUACAGUUGGCCUCCCACCUGAGCCUCGUGAAAAAACAAUUACAGCGCCUUUGCCUCCUGACAAGCUGAUCAAACUAAUAUAUGAAGCCAGUGGCCAGGAUAUCAGCAUUGCAGUCCUUACACAGGAAAUUAUAGUAUACCUGGCCAUGCAUGUCCGGUCACAACCUAGUCUCUUUGCAGAAAUGCUCAGACUCCGCAUUGGGCUUAUUAUUCAAGUGAUGGCAACAGAACUUGCUCGCAGCUUGAAUUGUUCGGGUGAAGAAGCCUCUGAAAGCUUAAUGAAUCUGAGCCCCUUUGAUAUGAAAAAUCUCCUUCAUCAUAUUCUCAGUGGAAAAGAAUUUGGAGUCGAAAGGAGCAUGCGUCCUCUUGAUUCUUCUACAUCCAGCCCUGCUAUAUCUAUCCAUGAAGUCGAUCACACUGGAGCAACAAAGACAGAAAGAAGUGGCAUUACAAGACUGAAGAGUGAGAUGAAACAGAGACAUAAGAGACUAAGUAUUAAUGAACAGUUCUUCUAUGGGGGCCAUUCCACAUCCAGCAGCAUGCACUCAUCCAGGUCCAUGAGAUGCAGUAGCCCAUCUUCUCCUACUAGUACAUCAUCCCUAACAGGGUCAGUUGGACACUCUAUUAGCUGGGGUGAUCGGCAAGGGCAGUGGCUUCGCAGGAGACGGCUUGAUGGUGCCAUUAAUAGAGUCCCUGUGGGUUUCUAUCAGAAAGUGUGGAAGAUCCUUCAGAAGUGUCAUGGACUGUCUAUUGAUGGGUAUGUCCUUCCAUCUUCAACCACAAGGGAGAUGACUGCUUGUGAAAUUAAGUUUGCUGUCCAUGUGGAAUCAGUGCUGAACCAUGUACCCCAGCCUGAAUACAGACAGUUAUUAGUGGAGGCCAUCCUUGUGCUGACCUUAUUGUCAGAAAUAGAUGUGAACAGCAUUGGAGGUAUAAUUCAUGUGGAUCGAAUUGUGCACAUAGCAAAUGACCUCUUCCUUCAGGAACAGAAAUCCCUUGGAGCAGUUGAUGGUUUCUUGGAACAAGAUGUAGGCACAGGUAUCUGCUACUUUUUCUAUGACAGUGCUCCAAGUGGUGCUUAUGGAACCAUGACUUAUCUAACAAAAGCAGUUGCUAGUUAUCUCCAUGAAUUUCUUCCAAGCACAGGCUGCCUGAUGCAGUAAACUGUCCAAAAUACAAGCAUCCAUUCUUAAAGGAUUUUUCCUAUAAUCAUAAUUUUUUGAGGCCUCAGUGGCUAGGACCUCUGGAAGUUAAGUCCCACUACAUCUGGAGACUGCUGGGAAAGGCUGCCCUAUAGCUCCUCAAGCUACCUCAACAUUAACUGCAUAAUUUUACCAUUAACAUAAGGCCAGGGAGCAAGGUGAAGGCAUAAUUCUGUACAGAUCUCCUGCCGAGCAUUGUCUGAAUCAUCUUGGACUCAGGUACCUGCAAUUAAUAAUUGUCUUAUUGGUGCAAGUGGGAGAGGGGGGAAGCUAAGUUUAAUUUCAAGGGAGGAAAGUAGCUUUUAGCCUGCACAUGUGCACAGACAGACAUAUACAAACCUGCUUCAGGUUUUGAAUUUUGUUUUGUUGGUUAAAUUUAAGCAUAACAAUGUUAGAUUAUUAUUGUGAUCAGCACUUCAUUUGUCAUAAUAAAAUGAGUCCUAUUCUGCAUUUAUGAAGAGGAGGAUCACUAUUAAAUCUAGCAUGAAUCUAAGCUGAAAUUAAUGAGAAAUAUUUCAUGGAGAGGAGUAGUAUAAAGACAGAAAUGGGUAUUUAGCAGUUUGAGAGUGCUAAAGCAGUGAAGUCUAAAAAAUAAUGCCGUGAAAAAGGAAACAUUUCUAGCCAGCAAACCAAUGGGUAGAAUAUCUGCCCCUAUCUGAUCACUGAGUGAACAGCUAAUCCAUGCUUUAAGGUGUAUUGGUUACUAAAGUUUAUUGGCCGGCCAUGAGUUCUAGCCCUGGCUUAGGCACAAACCCAACUGGGUAACCUUUGGCUGUUCACUCAUUCUCAGCCCUAGAAAGGAGGCCACGGCAAACUACUUCUGAAAAUCUUGAAGAGAGAGAAGGAGAAGCUUUCUGGGAAUGCUUGGCUAAUUCUACUGAUUGUUUGUUCACAUAUUGUAAUCUGGUAGGACAACUGGGGAUCGAAAUGCUAUGUUUUCCAUUUUCUGUAUGGAGGGAGAUCUUAAAGAUGGUUUAAGUUGUUCCUCAGUUAGUUUCCAUGUAUCUGUAGGAAGAUUUCAGAAUAAACAUCAGAAAAGUCCUUGCCACUGGGCAGAUAGUAUAUGAUGUAAAAGUCACAGCAGGAAAUUGUUACUAGAGUGGACAGGUCUUUUAUACAGAAAAUAAAGUCCAGCAACUAAGUUACUGCUAUAUAUAAUGUUUAUUUAACUAUUAAGUGUUGCCAAAUAUGUUUGCCUGUUCAUGCUAUCCAAAACAAUAUUUGGAUCAGUCAUUUUUUUCAGGAUCAUUGUACAUUUCCCACCAUUGUGGGGCUUUUAAAAUUCUGUAUAUAAUAAUAGCAAAGAAAAAUAUCAAAUGAACUAAGUUACAGCUGUUGAACAUACCAAUUCAUUGUUAGUAAUAAGAAAUUACUUGUAAGACUACCACUAUUAGCUAAAAUACUAGGAACAUGUUAAAAUAACUGCACUGUUAGUUGUGUAUUUUUAAAUAGUGGCUCAUGUAAUAAAGUUAUACUUUAAAGCAAGCUG